AUCCAUACACGACCCUAGCUAAAAAUGUGUGGACAGCGUGUAAAGACGUUUACACAGCAUCAUCCUCCCCUUAUAAAUAUGUGGACAAGAGACGAACGCUAAUCCAUCCAAACUUCGUUUACACCGUAAAGCGCUAGCCGGAAACUCAAAAAAUAUAUAUAUAUAUUCAGCGGUUAAUCGGCAAGACGCCGAGGAGUGAGAUGUUCAAGUUAUGGCUUCUGGUGGGAGUAGUACUCCUGAACUCAAAUCCCAACUGGGGUAGUCUCCGGCUGUCGGAAGCAGCGGCAAGAAACUCCAUCAGCAUAGUACCACCAACAUGCAGCCGAAUCGAGUGCCCAGCCUACGACCUCGUUCACGCCGGCAAUGGCUUCGAAAUUCGCCGCUAUAACCCCUCGGUGUGGAUGUCGACUACUACCAUCCAAAAUAUUUCUCUAGUUGGAGCCACCAGGACUGGCUUCCGGCAGUUGUUCAAUUACAUUCAAGGCAACAACGAUGACAAACAAAAGGUGGAAAUGACAGCUCCGGUGAUGACCCAGCUGCUCGCCACCGGUGACGGACCCUUGUGCGAAUCGUCCUUCGACGUCAGCUUUUACGUUCCCAAAGUGAACCAGGCGAACCCUCCGUCGGCGAAAGGCCUCCAUGUCCAACGCUGGAACUCAACUUACGCCGCCGUGAGACAGUUCGACGGAUUCGCAUCGGACCAAGGAAUCGGACAGGAAGCCGCCGCCCUGCAAGCCGCCCUCGCCGGCUCCGCUUGGUCCGAUGCGAUCAACAAAAGCCGUGCCGCCGACCCCAAGUCGUCGGCUUACGCCGUCGCCCAGUACAAUUCUCCGUUUCAGAUUGAGAACAGGGUGAAUGAAAUUUGGAUGACGUUUGAACUGAAAGAUGGUUCCGCAGCGCCCAAAGAAAAAUUUUGAAAGAUUUUUCGGUGGCGGGAAGUCUGCAGAUUUUAAUUUCUUGCUUAAUUAGAAUAAGUGCUUGUACACAGGAACAGUUGCUGUAAUAAUCAAUUCAGCAAAGCAACAUUUAUUUUGCAGAUAGCAUCAAUAUAUUCUUAUUAAAAAACCUUUUUUUUAUUGACUGAAAAAUAUUAGGUUAAAAAAAAUAUUAAAAAAUUUACAUUUUCAUGUUUGGUUAUUGAGUAAAAUAAGAAAACAUAUGAAAAUAUAUUAAAUUUAUAAACAAAAUUUUAAUUUACACAUCAUUAAUAUUUAAUUUUUUAAAACUUUUAAUCAUAUAAAAUAAACUUUUUAUUUUUAAUAGAAUGUAAUGUAAAAGAAAAAUAUAAUAAAAAAUAAAUUUUUAUUUUAUUUUUCUUCCUUUCCUUUUCCCAAGCAAUAUCCUUGAUCUAAACAAGCCAUAAGGGUUCUUUUGAAACUUGAAAAAUAUUGCGAAAAGGAAAAGAAAAUAAUAAGAAUUCUAUUUUUUCAUGUUUGGUUAUUAAGAAAAAUAAAAAUAAUAAUAAUAAAAGAUAUGCCCAAUCAAUUAACAAAAUUUUAAUUUUAUACAUCUUUAAUAUUUAUUUUUUCUUAAUUUUUAAACAUGUUAGAACAAUUCUUGAUUUUAAAUAAUAUCUAAUAGAGAAAAUAUAAUAAAAAAUAAAUUUCUUUCUUAUUUUCCUUUUUCCAAGUAAAAAUCUUUGAUUCAAACCAACAUAACUUACAAACAGAAAUUGCUUUAGCUUUCAUUUUGAUUUCUUUCGCAUUUUCUUAAUAGCUAAUUUUUCCCACAUUCCUAUUAUUAUUAUUAUUAUUGGGUUGUUUGGGGAGGAGGAAGAUGGGGCAGCAAGUUCCCAAUUGUUUUUCCUUCUACAGAUUCUCACAUUGAUUUUUUUUUUUUUUUUUUAAUGGAGAAUAGGUAUAUUCAGUCACCAUAUCCAUAGGGCUUGACACAUGAUCCACAUGCCAUAGGAGGGGAGGAGAAAAAGAAAAAUCAACAACUUGAAGCACACACUGCACCGGGAUGAAUUAUCUAUUGAAUGAGUUGGGAGUUCCAUUCACAUUAGAGUUCACAAUUGCAGGAAGUUUGGACAAUAUCAUCCUUUGGAUUACUCCCAUAUUUUACAAACAUGCUGCAAUUACUUUGUGAAGGGAAUUCGGUCGAAGAACCGACCUGUUUUAAAUGCCCUGGUUUACAAAAUCUUUGCUGCUGUUGGGAUGACAAGAAUGAAUCCAAAGCAUAGCCCCUCUCCUCUGAAACAAACCUCGUCAGUGGCUUACUGUUAGAAAACAUUCUACACGAAACAGAGCCGUGAGCAGAGUACUCUGGGGCAUAAAAUGAGUUGAAAAUUGAAGAAAUUGGAUUGAGGUUGCCGGUAUCAGCAUAAUCUACAGUACUGAAAGAGUCUCUAGUGCUCUCAGUUGUGAAGGAUGCAUCGUCUGAACUUGUAAAAAGGGACCAAUCGCUAGAUGUAGCAUCUGAAAAUUCCAUGCUCAUUUGAUCUGCACGGCCUUCCAUCACGGGCAGAACACUUCUGUCCGUGCUCCUAAAACCGCGGUCAGACAAAUGGUGGGUAAAGCCUGCAGCAGUUCCAUGUCUGGGAGCGUGUGAUGGUGCCAAGCCAACGGAGUGACUGCUGGUUUUGCUUUGUCCAGGUCUCGUAGCCUUCUGAGAUUUGGAGUUCCAGGGCGUCGCAGAUGCUGGAGCUUGUUCCCAGGUAGGCUUCCUGCUGAAAGCUCUCGGAGGAGGACGAGGGCAAGACCUAAACAUGACUCAAAUUUUUAUUACUGACAAGAAUAGGAAUAUUAUUGAUGUGGUGAAAGCAAUGGAAGCCACUGAAAUAUUGAAAAGGUCACAGAAACAGCUGUUAAUGUCCAAAGCUACAACCAUCUACGUACCCAAAAAGGACAGAAAGCAUCAACAGAGUAACCUUUCAUUUUUUAUUUUAUUUUUUUGAUAGAAAAAUAAGUGAUAUAUCAAAGAAAAGAUGCAAAGGAUUGCAUUUAUAAAUGGCAUCUCUUGCAAUUCCACAUGCAGUAUCCCACAUACCAUAAAAGUGGGAUUGCUAAUCACUAGAAAUGAAUAACAGCAUUUUUAUUUUUCA